AUGCGGUAUUCAGCCAUCACGUUUCCAGCACUUCUCUUGAAGGCCGUCCUCGCGGCUCCAGCAGCCCAAGAGACCUCACUUCAAGGACGAGGCUUCAAGCUCCCCGCUAAUCUGACGGAUGGAUUCUACGCUGCCUAUUUCAAUGAGACCGGCCACGAGGUCCAUGAGCUCAUUCGCGGCCCGGCUACCCCUGAAGAGAUAGCACGAUACUAUGAGGCCGUUGCUUCGGAUCCACAGCCAGAAGCACAGCUGGAAGCUCGUCAGAACCCGGGAGCCACCUACUGGUGCGGGUGCGGCUUGAGCAUGCACCAUGGCGACUGCGAUGCAGCUGUCGAGGACUUGAAGGUCCAGUCCGACAACUGCUACGGUUCAUGGGAUUGUGACAACCUGAUCCGCCCAGGACUGGCCUGGUAUUCCAUUCGGGGAAGUGUCGUGGCGUUCGAGUGCAACUUGAACUGGCUUCUGGUUCCUGCCUCCCGCCGUGACGGCCAGACGGAUAUUUUCCAGAAGAUUACAAACAAAUGUGGCUGGUACGUCCCCGGAACAUGGGCCAACAACAAUGGCCUGACCCCGUUCAUCGGCUACAUGAACUAUCGCGCCAACCUCGACUUCUGUACCGAUUCUAUCAGCUCCAACCGGCCAUUCUGUUGA